ACCUUGUACAUUCACAAAAAGGCGUCCGUCCAUAGCAAUUGAUUGGCGCUUUCCGCCAUCAUAUUAUCUUUCAUCUUUCAUCUUUCCUAUCCCAUGCGAUUUCCACCCAGUGAACAAUGCCACGGCGUCCAAGCAAGGACUCCGCUCGAGACUACCGAACCGCUGUUAACCACGCCGAACGGAGUAUCCGCCGUGCCACCGAGGAAACGCCCAGACCCUGCAUCCAAGACGUCUCCCCGCAAAUUGACAUACUAACAGUAUCUUCAGCCCUUUGUUGCCUUUUUCAAGCUGCCCGGGUCACGAUGACACAGCGUCUCCCAGCAGAUCUAGACAGCUCUCUCAUGCGGUGCGAGUCCGCAACCCUGAAUCCUCAUAGUCACCUUAACUAUGAUUCGAUAGGCAGAUGCAUUGGGCAACGCAUGCAAAGCGAUUCUCAUGCACAUGAGCACGAGGUUCGUUGCUUGAACUUUCAGGCGCUGAAGCCAAGAUCAUGCUCCUUUCAUCUACAAGCCUGUCAAACCUCCCGCGAAACCCUCCGCCUCACCACCACACAGGCAUCGCGGGAUUCAGAUCCCAGGCUGCAUUUUCCAUCUCAUCAAUCUCGCAACCCAAUCUCCUUUCUUUUCUUCUCGUGUCUACAUCUCAACAAUCACCGUGCCACCGUGCCAUCGUGCCCUCUUGUCCGCUCAUCUUUCCCCUCAAAACGCCAUGACAUCACCAUCUGCAACCCGAACAAGAAACACCACGCGAAGUGGCUUUGCGCCCUGUCUCGCCAACCCUGAACCACGAACUGCCUCUCUUUCACUGAAACGCUUCCACGCCUCUUCUUUCUUUCAUUGGACGAGUUCUCCGGUCCCGACGGCUGACUACUACGUGAAUCGGGAAUGCGCUCGGCAUAGAGCUUGGCGACGCGGCAUCCCCGCAUCAGCUUCGCGAAUGAGGAGCGUGCUCCGUCAUGAGGCGUGAAGUCGGACAAGAUACGUCGUGCGGAUUGGGUGCGUGCAAAAGCUGAGGGCAGGCGGUGGGCUUGGGUGAUGGCGGUGGGUGGUGAUG